AUGAGUUCCAGCGACAUUGCUGCAAAUGGAUGGACUGCUGUCCCAGUCGAUGCCGGAAAGAUCUUUGGCAAUAGGCCUUAUAUCAAUGAGCCCGAGUACAUUGACGUUCAAAGCAUUGAGUUUCCGGAUGAUGACCCAAUCGUCAAGAAGACACAGCAACAUGCCAAAGAUAAGUUGUUGAAGCAGACUUAUAACCAUUCAAUGAGAGUUUACUACUGGUCGACUGUCAUUCUUCGACAGCAAUUCCCAGAGUAUGCGGAUGCCCUGUCCCCUUCAACUUUGGCUUUAACAUGCCUCCUCCAUGACAUCGGCACCACCGACGAAAACAUGUCUUCAACCCGUCUCUCUUUCGAGUUCCAGGGCGGCUUCCAAGCUCUCAACCUGCUUCAGGAUACUGGCUCUACCAAAGACCAAGCCGAAGCUGUUUGCGAGACUAUCAUCCGCCAUCAAGAUCUCGGCACCGAGGGAAACAUUACUUUUCUCGGGCAGCUAAUCCAACUGGCUACCAUCUAUGAUAACGUAGGUGAACAUCCCAAUGUUAAGGACUUUGGAAGGAUCAUUCAUGAGAAGACACGUGAGGAGGUCAACAAUGCUUUCCCACGUGAGGGCUGGCUAGGAUGCUUUGCGGCUACGAUUCGGAAGGAAGAGGAGUUGAAGCCCUGGUGCCAUACUACCCAUAUUCCUAAGUUUGCUGAGCAGGUCGAUGGUAAUCAGCUACAGAAGCCAUAUGAGUGA